ACCGCACCCCGCCCCGCCCCGCCCCAGGCCGGGCCUGGCCUGUCGCCGAGACGUAGUCAAUGCAGAAGUGUCUUCAUUCAUACAGAUGAGCCAAGGAUUGGGACAGCAGUGUAAGCCCAGAUAGUCAGAUAGCUGACUGCCCAGCAGGAUGCCAUCAACUAGCCGAGCGGGCAGCCUGAAGGACCCAGAAAUUGCCGAGCUCUUCUUCAAAGAAGAUCCAGAGAAGCUCUUUACUGAUCUAAGAGAGAUAGGACAUGGGAGCUUUGGAGCAGUGUAUUUUGCACGGGAUGUGCGCACCAAUGAAGUGGUGGCCAUCAAGAAGAUGUCUUACAGUGGAAAGCAGUCCAAUGAGAAAUGGCAGGACAUUAUUAAGGAAGUCAAGUUUCUACAGAGAAUAAAGCAUCCCAACAGCAUAGAGUACAAAGGCUGCUAUCUGCGUGAGCACACGGCAUGGCUUGUAAUGGAAUAUUGUUUAGGAUCAGCCUCAGACUUACUAGAAGUUCACAAAAAGCCAUUACAAGAAGUGGAAAUAGCAGCGAUCACACAUGGUGCUCUCCAGGGAUUGGCCUACUUACAUUCUCACAAUAUGAUCCAUAGAGAUAUCAAAGCAGGAAAUAUCCUCCUGACAGAGCCAGGCCAGGUGAAACUUGCUGACUUUGGAUCUGCUUCCAUAGCAUCUCCUGCCAAUUCCUUUGUGGGGACACCAUAUUGGAUGGCCCCAGAAGUAAUUUUAGCCAUGGAUGAAGGGCAAUAUGAUGGCAAAGUAGAUGUGUGGUCUCUUGGAAUAACAUGUAUUGAGUUAGCGGAAAGGAAGCCUCCUUUAUUUAAUAUGAACGCAAUGAGUGCCUUAUAUCAUAUAGCUCAGAAUGAAUCUCCUACAUUACAAUCUAAUGAAUGGUCUGAUUAUUUUCGCAACUUCGUAGAUUCUUGUCUCCAGAAAAUUCCUCAAGAUCGGCCUACAUCAGAUGAACUUCUCAAGCACAUGUUUGUUCUUCGUGAGCGCCCUGAAACAGUGUUAAUAGACCUCAUUCAGAGAACCAAGGAUGCAGUAAGAGAGCUGGACAACCUGCAGUAUCGGAAAAUGAAGAAACUCCUCUUCCAGGAGGCACAUAACGGGCCUGCUGUAGAAGCACAGGAGGAAGAAGAGGAGCAAGAUCAUGGUGUUGGCCGAACAGGAACAGUGAAUAGUGUUGGAAGUAAUCAGUCCAUUCCCAGUAUGUCUAUCAGUGCCAGUAGCCAAAGCAGUAGUGUUAAUAGUCUUCCAGAUGCCUCAGAUGACAAAAGUGAACUAGAUAUGAUGGAGGGGGACCAUACGGUGAUGUCCAAUAGCUCUGUCAUCCAUUUAAAACCUGAGGAAGAAAAUUACAGAGAAGAGGCAGAUCCAAGAACAAGGGCAUCGGAACCACAAUCUCCACCCCAACAGGUGUCCCGCCAAAAGUCACAUUACCGUAAUCGAGAACACUUUGCUACUAUCCGCACAGCAUCACUGGUUACACGGCAGAUGCAAGAACACGAGCAGGACUCGGAGCUGAGAGAGCAGAUGUCUGGGUACAAGCGCAUGAGGCGCCAGCACCAGAAGCAGCUGAUGGCGCUGGAGAACAAGCUCAAGGCCGAGAUGGACGAGCACCGCCUCCGCCUGGACAAAGACCUGGAAACGCAGCGCAACAACUUUGCUGCAGAAAUGGAGAAGCUUAUUAAGAAGCACCAAGCAGCCAUGGAGAAGGAGGCCAAGGUGAUGGCCAACGAAGAGAAGAAAUUCCAACAACAUAUCCAAGCACAGCAGAAAAAGGAACUGAAUAGCUUCUUAGAGUCCCAGAAGAGAGAGUACAAACUGCGCAAAGAGCAGCUUAAGGAGGAGCUAAAUGAAAACCAGAGUACCCCAAAGAAAGAAAAGCAAGAAUGGCUCUCCAAACAGAAGGAGAACAUUCAGCACUUCCAAGCAGAGGAGGAGGCCAACCUCCUAAGAAGGCAGAGGCAGUACCUGGAGCUGGAGUGCCGGCGCUUCAAGAGAAGAAUGCUGCUUGGCCGUCACAAUCUGGAGCAGGACCUUGUCAGAGAGGAGUUAAAUAAAAGGCAGACCCAGAAGGACUUAGAGCACGCCAUGCUCCUGCGACAGCAUGAGUCCAUGCAGGAGCUUGAGUUCCGCCACCUCAGCACCAUUCAGAAGAUGCGCUGUGAGCUGAUCAGGCUGCAGCACCAGACGGAGCUCACCAACCAGCUAGAGUACAACAAGCGGCGAGAACGCGAGCUAAGGCGCAAGCACGUCAUGGAGGUUCGGCAGCAGCCCAAGAGUCUGAAGUCUAAAGAAUUGCAAAUAAAGAAGCAGUUUCAAGAUACCUGCAAGAUCCAGACCAGACAGUACAAAGCCUUGAGGAACCACCUGUUGGAGACCACGCCAAAGAGUGAGCACAAAGCAGUUCUCAAGCGGCUCAAGGAGGAGCAGACGAGGAAACUGGCCAUCCUCGCAGAGCAGUAUGAUCACAGCAUUAACGAAAUGCUCUCCACACAAGCUCUACGUUUGGAUGAGGCCCAGGAAGCAGAGUGCCAGGUCUUAAAGAUGCAGCUGCAGCAGGAGCUGGAGCUGCUCAAUGCAUAUCAAAGCAAGAUCAAGAUGCAGGCCGAAGCCCAGCAUGACCGGGAGCUCCGAGAACUGGAGCAGAGGGUGUCCCUCCGCAGGGCACUCUUAGAACAAAAGAUUGAAGAGGAAAUGUUGGCCUUGCAGAAUGAACGCACAGAACGAAUACGAAGCCUGCUCGAGCGUCAAGCCAGAGAAAUUGAAGCUUUUGACUCUGAGAGCAUGAGGCUAGGUUUUAGUAAUAUGGUCCUUUCCAAUCUCUCCCCUGAGGCGUUCAGCCACAGCUACCCUGGAGCUUCGGGUUGGUCCCACAAUCCCACUGGAGGGCCAGGCCCUCACUGGGGUCAUCCCAUGGGUGGCCCACCUCAGGCUUGGGGCCAUCCAAUGCAAGGGGGACCCCAGCCAUGGGGUCAUCCCUCGGGGCCGAUGCAAGGGGUGCCUCGAGGCAGCGGCAUGGGAGUCCGCAACAGCCCCCAGGCUCUGAGGCGGACGGCUUCUGGGGCGGACAGAGCAGGGCAUGAGCAGGAGCACAAGUGUUACUUCACAAAUAUCCAAUGGUUCACACAUGUCUUAUACAUAACUCCAACAACAAUCGUGCGUGGCAAUUCCACUGGAGCUGUCUGCCAAAAGCAACUGCCGCCUCCAGACGUCAUCACCACAGCCACGUCACAUGGGCGCCGCAGUGUGGGAGCUGAGUGCAUAUGGGACAGUUUGUUCAUUUUGUAAAGCGUUCCGUUCUGUGUUUACUAAUGGGAUGUCAUCGUAUUUGGCUGCUGGGUGUGGUUUUUUGUUUUGUUUUGUUUUAUUACUUUGGGGGGCGCAGGCAUGAUAUGAGUGAGCAACCCCUCUGCGUGUAAUGGAAGGCAUUGGCCAGAAAGGGGCAUUUUUUGAAUGCAGUCCAGGGGGCUUGCAUUACCACUUCCUGGGGGCCUCAGUCCUCAGAGGCUUAAUGGAAGGUUUAGAGCCUUCCUAGUUUCCCACAAUUCUUCAGAGCUGCUCACGGCAGGCAACAUGUGUUUGCUAAGCUAGCUUAGCAUGUGGGCCAGACCUGCAUUCCCUCCCCACAUUAUAAUUCUUGUUAAAUUGGCCUGGCUUCUUAGUGUCCCCAGAGCAGGAAGAAAGGGGUCACCUCCACAGACACCAAAGGUUUCCGGGGAGCAGAAGCAGGUUUGCCUGGUUUUUCUUUAUUUUGGGGAGGAGCUGCUUGGGCUUGUUAGUGGUCCAGACCAUCCUGGUAUGCUCUUUGUCCAGGUGUUUCUUAAAUCAGGAGACCAUUAUAUCACCAGAUCUUUGAGCCUUGGAAGGGAAGAGACUCAGUUCUCUUCUAGUCCGUGCUGUGGUUUUCCAGCACAAAUGGGGGCAGGUAAAGGCUGCAGAUACUGCACAUGGGCUGCUCUUCCCAUUGUAGCCAAAUCACUCUGGAACCCCAGCUCAUCCUUGUGCUCCCUUCUUGAAAACAAAAGAUACCCAAGGCCAGAUGUAUUUGAAGGAUGCCAUGUUUGCAAACUGCUGCCUGUUGGAAUUCUUCCCACACUACACAUACCCAGAUGUGAUCCCCCCCCUUUUGGCUUGUUGCACCGUCCUGUUUACAUGUAGUGUAGCCAAUUGUUGUGGUGUCUAGUGGCCAUACAGAGUGUCCCAGGAGUCGCUGAGCCAACAACUUUGACCAGCUGCUGACUAACCCCUGUCACCACUGUAGAUGGGCUGCAUGGGGCAGCCCCCUUCAUGCUCUUUGCCAUUCGUGGAGGCUUUGUGAUCUUUUGGUAGCAGGUUAAAAUCCCCUCCCUAGUAUAGGAGACACCACUUCCCGACGUCUCUGUACUCUUAUGUCAGCAGUACUACUGAAAAGGAGCUAGGAAGUUUGGCGAAUUUUAAAGGUAAAUUAUACUGGUCAGGGAGUCUGUUGACAAAAUCUCUUUUGUUGGUUUUUCUAUUUGUGUUUGUUCUUUUGUUUGUUUUUGUUUUUAUGAUGAAGGAUCAGCCUUUAGGACUGAGAAGGGAGUUUCCUGGUACUCUAGUCAGUUCCAGGUGGCCAAACUGGUACUGGGGAGUCCUUGAGUUAAAACCAGCUCAGUCAGGUUUGACUUGAGGUAGUUGUUCUUUCCCAUCACCAAAGUUUCUUAUAACUUAUUUUUUUCUUCCCCUUCCUAGCUUGUCUUGAAGAGAAACCUAGCUGCUAACUCUAGAACACCUUACAGAGAUUCCUAGGUCCUUCUCUCUCCCCCAUACCCACCAACUUCAUGACCAUUUGCCGACAUGUCCAGUUUCUCACAAUCUCCUUUUAAAGGAUAUUAGGCAUCUUAAUAAAGCCAAAUGAAAGAAAAAUUACUUUUUAUGUAAACUAUUUGGAAGCCCUUGCCCCAGGAGGUAAAAGGGACAUUCCUUAAAAGAAGGACAGUGAUCCACAAAAUAGAGUAAUCCAGUUAGAAAAGUACCUCUUGCUGCAGCUCUUCCCAGGUCCAAAGAUAAAUGUCACACCUGCUUAUUGAACAGACAUGUAGUUUGUUAGCCAUUUUUUGCAGUAAAACAUAAUUCAGAUGCUUCCAGAAAAUGAGAUUGAUUGAACAAUGUUUUCCUAAUUUGAGAGGGUUACAGUUUAAUCAGAAAUUCUCAGAUACCCACUGGAAUGUAACAUGGUAGUGGCAGCUGAGGCUGGGGUACAUCUAGAACUUAUGUGUAUAAGGGCUAAUAGGGCAAAAUCAAUCAUGUUUAACCCACCCCAGACAACUGAAAAUCCCCUGGUUGUGCCAGUGAUCCAUUUGGGGCUGGUUAUUUAUUCUUUCCCUGUUGUAGACUUGAGGCCUAAUCAAAUUCAGUUAUUUCCCUCGUGUUCUCUCAGAGCGUGGGUACUUGGACACUUGGCAUCACUGACCCCCAGAGGUCUUCUUCAGUAGGGCUUUGUUGCCAGCCUGAUUGUUGUGGUCACCAGCUUUAUGUGUUGGUCAUGUGCAGACCUGGAUUAUUCCAUUAGGUUAAUAUUUUAAUUAAAACAGAUAGUUUGCAAAAACUGAUUCAGAUUUUAAUUGAUUUGUGUUUGUGUAUAUGUGCGUUUGAAAAAAUCUUCUGUAAAAUCUUCAUGGUGGGAAUCAUCCCAAAGAAAAAUUUAUAAAAGGAAUCUCGGAUGACUGUGAGUGAGGCAAGUCCUUUCUGUAUCAGUUUGGAACGCCACCCUGUCAUCAGAUCAUACUGCCUCUCCUGAGUUCCGAUGCAUGCCUAAUUCCUGUGUGUUUGGGAAGAACAUACAGCCUAGCAACUAUGAGGAAUCUGUCAAAAAUAUAUCAGCAAUUUGCAAGUGCUGCAUCUGGUGUCCAGAACCUCUGGUGGUAGCGAAUGGCAUGGGUUUUCUGUCCUUCACCUUUCUUUGUUAACCUUAAAUCACUAACUUUGUACCUUAAAAUAUUUUAUUCCCCCUCCCCUGCCAGUCUGCACAUUUAACUCUUCCCAGAGUUAAAACAGCCCCAAGUUGUGAUUUACAGAGAAUACUUCUUCCUUGCUGAGUAGUGUCACAGAAAUGUUUGUUUUCUGGGGUACAGUGGGAAAAGCCCUGGGCUGGGAAGCCUGAUGACCAGGGUCCUAUCACCAGACUUGGGCAAUCUCUGAGUUUCUCGGGGCUGCGCUUUUCCUGUCUGUGUGACCAGGAAGUCAGGCUGAUGUGACCUCACGGGUUUCUGCCACGACUCCCAGGAUGCUGUGGAAGCCAGGUGCCUGGUGGGCAGAGGGCAGUGACUGAAGAAGCCCUGUCAUCACUCUUGCUGUCUCUUCUUUCCCUGGCAUUUAAAAUGAAAACUCUGGGCAUCUUUGUCAGGUUGGAACCCUAUUUUCACUCUAGACUUAUAACUGCAGUAGUUUAUGUAAGUACCAGGUAUCUGGUGUGUUUGAUUCUUUGCAGAAUGCAUUGUGUUGGACACUGGAAUAAUACUAUUUAUUUUCACCUGUGAAGAUAACUUUAUUAUACUUGAAACACCUCCUUUGCAUUCCUCCAUGUGUGCCAUUCACUAGUGGAAAUAAAUUGUAUUAUACCAUGAUCUACUGGCUUUUAAACAAAACACUAUGUUAAAUAUGCACAUUUCUUGGGAUAGCUCUAUCAUUUGUAUGUAUAUAUUGUAUAUACAUAUGAGUGUGUACAUAUAUAUAUAUAUAAAUAGAGAGAUAGACAUGUUGGCAGUGCUGUACAUUUGCAUCAAAGCACUUAGGGUCCUGUUCUUUUUAUAUAUACGUAUACACACAUAUGUAUACAUAUAUGAGUGUGUGUGUAUGUGUAUAUAUAUAUUUAUAAAUACAUAUAUAUAUAUAUAUAUUUUUCCAACUCUCUCAGUUAAGGCAAGAAUGCAUAGGUCCCUCACAGAGUGAGCAACAUCACUUAGUGUAUGCUCUUUGGAUUGGUCUUUUUGAGAACAUGGAUGGCUCCAGGCAGUUGUGAGUCCCUCAGCCCUCUGAGAUCAGAAAUGCCUCAGGCCCUUGAAGAAAGAGGGAAACCAGGCCAUGGGGACCGAGAAAGGGAAGGUAUAGUGUGGAACUCAUCUGCAAACAAGCAGGAGAGCGCAAGGGCAGAAGCCAGCCCGAGCUUCUGCUCCUCAGAGGGACGUGGUAGGGGGGAAGCGAGAUGGCCCAGAGCAGAGAAUCGUCGAGAGAAAAGGAUCAGGCAGGGCUUCCUCUCCGGAGACCACAAGGACCUCAACUGUGUUGCACAAUUACCAUGAGCCUCCUGUGUCUCUGGGCGGGGGUGGUGCCACUGACCCUUAGCUGCUGAGUGAGAAUCCUUACACUGAGGGCCCACACCAGUGCAAGGGCUUCAAUGUGAUGCUUUGGUCCUCUUGCCCGGUAAAGUGGCAUCCACAGGGAGAGAGUGAAAGGGUGGUAAUGCCUAGUGUCACUCAUGGUCCUGACAGGAUCAGAGGCUUGUUCAAUCUGCUACAGCUCCCUCAUGGUGCUCUCCAAGCAGUAACCCUCUGUUGCUGUUCUGCUCCUUCAGCCCCCAAGGGAUAGAUCACAAGUGCGCAGCAUGAGGAUCCUCUCUGUGGUGGGGAGGGUCGGAUUUGCUCGAGGACUCCUGGCCAGGAGAGGCUGGCCCAGGCAGCAGCAGGCCCUAUCACUCUCAGGUCAUCCAUUUGCCUCAAGCUUCUCACCCAUCAAGAAUCCAUUUCCCUCGUCCUUUCAGAGUUCAGGCUCGGCCUUGCGUCUUUGAAGUCUGCCCUUUGGGUUGGGAAGGACUGUAAACUUUCCCCGUCCUCAGUCGAAUACUCAAGAAGAAUGUGCUGUGAGCUUCAUAGAGCUUCCUCUUGUAUGCAGGGACUACUGAUUGAAGUCUAUUUUUGCUGUGUCUGGUUACGUUGUCUGCACUUUGAUGAAAUCACUACAGUUAGAGCUACAUUAGGAGUGUUUGUAGAGAUGUUUGUGGGCUCUGUUUAUAGCUGUUAAUGCUGUAAAGAAGGAAGUUGUCUUGUUAAACACUGUCCAGAAGAGGUGAAGCUGAGAACUCCUCCUGUUGUGCAUUUAUUUGUAUGUUCUACUGACUCCCAAUGUUCCCAGACUGUCUACAAAGGCCACGUAGAACAGUUUCCCCUCUAGUGAAUGUACUGCUUCCCAGACCUCCAUUUACCUAGGAGCAUCUGUGGCUCGAUGGGUAGUCCUAAGAUGGCUAUGAACUAAGUAGACAUCAGACUCAUUGUGCACCUUAUCUGUUAUCCUGUGGGUCGCUGAACGCUUGCCUCUCCUGCCUUCCCAAAGAGGUGGGCAAGUAAAAUUGGAGGGCUAUUUGCUACGAUUGCUACCCUGCUAACUGUUUGCCAGACAUCAGAAUUUCCUGAACAUCUUCCCCAUCCCCAUCCCACCCAUGCACUUCUCCCCACCCCUUUUAUUUUUAUAUAGAAAAUGUUGAACUCUCUCUGAAGCCUCCCUUUGAAAGUAGCAGGAUGCGCACUGGACAAGGCAACCAGAUCAUCUCUGGUAGUGUGCCAGGAAAGAGUGGAGAAGAGCUGAGACCGAACUGAGAAUGAACAGAUUAAAAGGGCGCCUUCACACCCAGUAAUGCCUCCAAAGUACGGGUACUUCCACCUGCACAGUUUGACUAUUUUGCUGACAUUUUAGCAGUUGUGAGUGAAAACCGUGUAAUUAACUGUAAAUAUGUAGGUAACAAAUUGACCUAGUUUCUGUAAUUUUUUUUUUUUUUUGGAGUUUUUUGUACUAAAGUUUAUAGAUCUGUGCCAGCUAGAGAGGAGUUGCUGUCAUUGCCCAUUGUGGCCCUAGCAUCUAACCCUAUAACCAUCCUAGGUAAAGCUAAGAAUCAACGCUUCAAUGUUGUAUGCAGGGGGAUGUGAGGCUUAAUCGUGUGUCAAUUUUAAAUACUUUUGAAGCAAAGUAAUUUUCUUUAAUGUAAUGAUUCCAUAUCCAAGUGAGGUUGGGCGAGCUCCCUUCCCCAAUGCCCACGUUUGUCUCUCAAAUGCAAGUGUUUUCAUGUCCUCUCAAUGACGCAGGCAGUAGAUUUCUGAUGGGGUGGUGCUUUUGUUCCUUGGGCUCCCUUACAGCAGGAACUUCAAGUGAAACAAGUGGAACUCUUUGUUCGCACAGAGAUCCCGCGUCUGGAAAGCUUGGAUCAUUCUGUCCUUCCUCCCCACCAUGUGCUAGGGAGCUUGGGUACUCAUAGGCCAAUGAACUGAAAGGAGAAAGAAAGAAAGGAAGGAAAAAACUACCUAUCCUGUCCAUGAAGCCUAGUUUGUAUGUUUUUAGUGCCCAAGUGACAUGUCUCCAUGACGGCAGCUAGCCACAUGUGGAAUUGAGACAUCGAUGUUCAUGAAAAGUUAAAAUCUUCGUGUUUGAAUAGUUUAGCUUCCCAUGAGAUAUGUAUUAGGGUCACUUGAAAGAAAGAAAGAAUGAAUGAAGAUCAGUUUAAUGGAAACAGGUUCUCACUUUCUGAGCUUAAGAGCAUCACACUCUAAGUUACACAUGUUUUAGUUGAAAUAUGCAGUUCAGAAGACUAUAGUUGCCAAAUGCAUGGACUCUAGGUAGUCCCUGUGGUCGUUCUGCCCAGACCAUCCUCACCUGAGAGUGAGGCCCAUUCUCUUUUGGCCUUUGUGUGUUGUAUGUUGGCUUCCAUCAAUGUGGACAUCCUACCAGAUGGCUCGUUUCAGUGCCCAUUCCAAAUGCCCUGUUAUUCCUCAGUGAACCUCUUCCCUUCCUUCCACCACAAUGUUGUGUGUUAAACCUCCUAUUCCAAUACUAGGUGGUAGUUGUGCCAACUUCGUGUAUGUGUCUCCUCCCACUCUCAAUCAAAUACAUGUCCAAGAAGGAGCCCAGCCAGCCAGAGGCACGAUGGGGGAGAGCAUUUCAGUAAACAUGGAAGAGACCAGAAGUAGAUGGGAGGAGUUUUACCAGGUUCCCUUGAAAGUUGAAAUUUGAAAUGAGAUAGGAGCCCAUUUAAAAAAUGCAAACAGUUUUUAUGGAGUGAAGGGAUAGCAGAAUUGGGGACGGAAAGAAGAGGGAUUUCCAGGAGAAGAGAGAACUUUGUGGUCAUGUUAACUUUGCUUUUAUGAAGACCCUUUUCUUCUAGGUUAGAGAAUUAAGGACAUUCUCCCAACUCUUUUUUUCUUAAAAACAAAAACAAAAACAAAAAAAAAUAAAACAGGAUGAGGGUCUGAUGUAUAUAAGUGACAUUUUACAGUAUAGCGUGUAUAAUUCACCCAGACUAUUUCAACUUGAUCAAUUGUAAAUGCUUAAGAAGUUUUUAUUAACACUUGUUUUGCUAAAUCCUAUUUAUGUGAUUAUUCAGAAGUCAAUAACCCAUUUAAAAUUUAAGGCAAACAUUUAGGUAAUAAAUGGUUGGGUUACUUUGAGCAAUUUAGCUAUAAGAACCCCCUUGUUUUUGUAUACAAGAAAGCUAGUAUAAUGUGCAUUAACGAGGCUGGGAGAGACUAUGAGAAAUGUGUAUAGUGUAUAUUUUAAAACAGCUUUGCUUGUAUUGUGAAGAUUUAAAAACAAACUUGAGAUUUCUAACAUAACUAUUAACACAAUUUUAACAUAAGUUAUCCCACUGGGUUUAAGAGCAUCUUGAAUGUAUAAUCCUUUUUGUAACCCAGAUUGGUUUCUGCUUCUACCCAUCAUCCAGAUAGCCUAUUUAUGUUUUUAAUUUUAUACAGUAUAUUCACUUCCCCAUGAAUCUCUUCAUCUCCAGCAUGAUUUUUUUUUUGCACAGGUAUUGUAGAAGUUUUAAAAAGGAAAAAAAAAUCCAUUUUUCUCCAUCUUGGAUUUUCAUCACUUCUUUCUUCCCCUUUCCCCAUCUCCUUUUUUAAAGGCCAUUUUAUUACAUUUGCAUUAUCCAUGCAAAUGCUAGGGUUUUUUUUUAAUAAUUAUUUUGCCAUUCAUCAAAAAAUGCUCAGUCGGUUGCCUUUUUACAAAAAAUAAUAAUAAUAAUAAUAAAGGAAAGAAAAAAAAAAGCUGUGACCUUAUCAGUUCUGAGUAGGCCAUUGGGAGUGGAUGCACACAUGUAACAGCCCAGGACCAGCUCUGGUGGCCACUCAAGGGGAACUACUUUUAAUGGCUCAUAGGGCCUUUCUUUAUUGGAGUGUGUUGCUGUCUAGAAUGUGUUCCAGUAAUUUCCAUGAAUAUUUAAAAAAGAUCAGUUGUAAGGAAUCUGGGUAAGACCAGGUGCCCUGAGUUAUCAACGCCCUGAGAAGGUCUAGUUGGGUUUCAUCAAGAACGCCCUUGUGACUUGUUAGUACCCUAUAGUGAGGAGAAGAAAUUAAGGAUUCCACAGGACUCAAAAUUUGGUUAGAUCACUUGCCUUUCUUGUGGCAGUCACCAUAUUCUCCUCUCCCCCAGCCCCUGAGCCUGUCACAUUUUCAUGGUGGGUGAAGGACUUCUGGUUCUGGAAACUAGGACAGAUUUUUAGAGUGAGAGAGAAAUCAUGUUGAAAGUGUGAUGUGCUACCACCAUACUAAUUUGUUUUUUAACUCCACCUUUGUCGCGUCCUCUGAAUUUUCAGGCCAAACAGAUGCCCACAGUGGAGGCUUACAAAGGGUUGCAAUGGGGAAUGAGGCCCUGCCUUUGAUAUGAGCGCCAGUUGGUAUGGAUGAUACAAGUGUGCAUUUUCUCUUCAGUAAAGAUGGUCCACAGCACUAACUGGUGAGGCUUAUUGUACAGUAUAUUGUCAGUAUUCUUCUGGUUCUGCAUACAUUAUAGUUCAUAUAUAACCUGUAUUAAUUGUAUAGAUUGUGCAUUUAAAGCUGUUACCAAGUUGUCAGAAAAUGAGAGAAAACAAGGUCAUAUGUAAUAUUUUGUUUGUAAGUAUCCUUUGUAUCAUAGCAAAGGAAAAGUUAAAAAAAAAUCAACUGUAAUAAAGUAAUUUUAGUACA